AGAACACCACCGGCCGCUGUUGGGAAGGAAAACAAAGUCAUCACGUAUAAGCUGGGAUUAUUGAAGUGCUGUAACUAAGAAAACUCAUGGCGCUUUCUUCACGCUGGAUCUCUCGCGCAUCCUCCAUCAGGAUUGGUGCGCGUCCGAAUUCCUGUGCCGCUCUCAUUCCUCCUCAGAGAUGCUCAAGUGAUCAAGGGAUCUCUUGUUUGGGACUUCCCCCCACCCGGUUCCUGUCGAAUUCGAGCGUGCUCCGGACCGCCGAGGACAGCAAAGAAGAGCAAACUCAGGACCAAAACCCCGAUGGUAAUACGAGCAGACGGAAGCCGUAUGUCGUUCAUCCCGUGGAGACCAGCAUACGAUACAUGAAGAGCAACGCGUAUCGAAGGGCUUACGGAGAUGAUCCGGUGUGGACUCUGUACAGAAGGAACUUCAAAGGACAAUUUGCUCCACCAACUCGUAAAUCGUGCCUGCACAAGAACCAUCACUCGACUGGAAGUCCAUGUCCAGUGUGCCGCGACGAAUAUCUCGUCGUGGAUUACAGGAACCCGGCCCUCCUAGAACAAUUCAUUUCACCCUACACGGGGCAAACCCUGACCACCAAGAAAACAGGUGUCUGUCAAAAAGUUCAGUUCAAACUCGAGCUAGAGAUCAUGAAGGCUCACGAUUACGGAACACUUCAAUUUGAAGUACCCUUCCGAGAAUACGACUACGAGGAUUUUUAUCCGCAACUGAAAGCAACUAGGGAGCCGUAUUCCGCAGAUAGCCCAUGAAUGUUCAUGACUUGGCGGUGACUCAUAGAUACGCGUGGAGCAUAAAGUCGAAGCAAGUUUGGACA